GUGGCAUGUCCGUGGUUAUUGUCAAAUGUCAAAAUUGCCAAUUUUUUUUAUUUAAACCAGAGAAGCGACUGACAUGUCUCUGUUUAAACCGCUGAUCUGAUAAUCUUAUCUUAGUUUACUAAUAAUUGAGUCAGAAUGGAAAAUUAUUUUAAGGGGAAAAAUGUUGAAGAAGAACUCCAACGUGAUAAAAUACCUAUAAAAGAUUUACCAGAGAACUUUUUGUGGAUGCAAGUAAAGGGUGGGAGUAAAAUGGCAAAUCUAUUGUCACACGCGUCUGGUAUUUUAGAGGAUAAGGCUGCUACAGCCGUGGUGUGGACUGGGACUGGAGUCGGCAUACCCAAGGCUAUAUCAUGCGCGGAAAUCUUAAAACGACAAUUUUCAAUCGAACACCAAGUCACAAAACUCGCUUACAAAAAUGUUGAAGAGUUUUGGGAACCAAAAGUAGAUGGCUUGGAAACAAUAGUGGUUAAAAGGCAAAUACCUGUUAUACAUAUUUUACUUUCAGUUGAAAUGCUACCAGACAGUAGUCAAAUUGGAUACCAGUCAUUGCAAGGAAAGAAAUUCUGGCAAAAAGAUCCAGCUAACAGCCAAAAGCAGCAUCAAUCCUACAAAUCAAAAAAACCUUUCAAACAUAAGAAAAACCAUACAAACACAAGCUAAAUCAUCCCAUCUGUCAAUUAAUAUAACUUAAAGUUUUGUAUAAUAAAUUGAUAUUUACCUGAUA